AUGCCCACAGAGACUGAGAGAUGCAUCGAGUUCCUGCUGGCUGUUUUCCAAAUGCACUGUGGGAAGGGUAGAAAUAGCCGUCAACUCUCCAAAACUGAGUUCCUCCCCUUCAUGAACACGGAGAUGGCCCCCUUCACGAAGAACCCGAAGGACCCCGGUGUCCUUGACCGCGGGAUGAAGCAGCUGGACCGCAACAGCGAUGGGCGGCUAGAUUUCCAGGAGUUUCUUAACCUUAUUGGCGGCUUAGCUAUGGCAUGCCAUGAGUCCUUCCUCGGGAGUUCUGGAAGUGUGUCUAACCCUCUCCAUUCUCUUCCAGCUACCAAGUCAUCAUCUCCUCCACCCACCUCCUCCAUCCACACCUGCACUGAGCCCACCACACCUACCACACACGAAGCCCACGCCUGCUAG